UGAAUAUCCUUGAGAGAUAUGUGAGGUGUUUUUGAGAGUUUUAGUUAGAGCUUGUAUGUCUCUUCUUUCUAUUCUUGAAAGUAAUAGAAGUGUUUUUCUCUCAUAUUAGCACGAUUCUGUUAUUCCCAACAAGUGGUAUCAGAGCCUAGUUGAGCUUUUGAUAUUUUCCCCAUAUUUUUUCAGACAAAAUUCUACUGUCUGAAAAAUCGAGUUUUUCAGUAUUGCUCGGAAUUGCAAUCUGAAUACACCAUUGGAUUCGUCUCGUCGAGACGAGAAAACUGGUAUUUUUGGGGAAUUUUUUGGCCACCGGAAGCUGCCAUACGCGCCACAAAACGCCGGUCAAAAACUGCCUGCGUCAUCGCUGACGUCAUCACGCGCAGUCCAGAGGUAGAAGACGGCUGACGUCAUCGCUGGCGUCAUCAGCCAGCCAGAGCUGCGUCAGCGACACGUCAGCGCCACAUGUGCAGCCCCAGCACAGUCAGCCACCACGUCAUCAGUCAACUGCCAUCUUUCACCUGCGUCCAGUCAGCUGGCACGUCAUCGCCCAGUAUACCUGACAGGAACCGCUGUCCGGCCUCCUCCUUUUAGGGUCUUCCCGGUGGUAUUUUUGCUCAAAGUUUUUGUUGUGCUGCGGAGAGAUUGGACAAUUAUGAUUGGAUGAGUCGCCUUCCAAAUGACAUUCUCGUUGUGAUAUUGUCUUCUCUUCCGCUGAAGGAAGCUGGGCGCACGAGUGUUCUUUCAUCUAGUUGGAAGAACUUGUGGAAACAAACCUCACGCCUCAAUUUUAAUGCAAGCAGCGCAUUGGACAAGAUUGCUCGAGAUCACAAGGUACGCAUUGAGGAGAGGCGCAAGUAUGUAAGAUGGGUGAACUCAGUCCUGAAAUCUGCACCACGCAAAGAAGCGCUCAACUUGGAGCACUUCAGGAUCUGUUUUGAUGUAGGGAAAGCAUUCUCUGUGUAACACCGUCCCCAAAUGUAUUUACUUUUAAGUGAAUAUUGUAUUUUAACCUUAUGGAAUGGUUGACGAAUUUACG